AUGUUCGUAACGGUUUUAGGUGAUGACGCGUACGUCACGUUAAGGAAUUUGCUAUUUCCUGCGACGCCGGAAACCAAGAGCUACGAUGAAAUGAAAGAAGUGUUGACUAAACACUAUAAGCCACGCCGGUCUGUGGUAGCAGAGAGAUAUGCUUUCCAUAAGCGUGUUCAGCAGAGUGAAGAGCCGGUGGAAGACUUCAUUGUCGAAUUGAAGAGGUUAGCCCUAACAUGCAACUUCGGAACAUUCCUGAACGACGCUUUGCGAGAUCAGCUCGUUAGUGGAAUACGGAAAGAGGCCGUACGCUGUCGGCUGCUAGCUGUUGAGGACGGCAAGGAAUUGACAUGGGAAAAAGCCUGCACCAUGGCGUCUGCAAUGGAAGCUGCCGAAGGGCAGUCGAAAGAGAUGAUUCUACGGCCAUCCGGCAAGACACCGCAGGAAGUGGACACAAUGUGGCAAGGUCAAGAGAACACGAAGGGAGGAAAUCGUCCACGGAAAGGAAUGAAGCGUGGAAAUAGACUCUCUGGUCGGAAAAAAGACCCAUCGUCGUGCUACAGAUGUGGAUUUCAACAUUCGCCAGCCAAGUGCCCUCAUCGUAAGGCAAAAUGCUUCUCCUGUUCUAAGAUAGGACAUUUGGCGUCAAUGUGUAGAACUAAGUGUGACAUGAAGUAUGUCGAAUCGACCAGUUUGCACGAGCUCGAAUUGCACAAUGUAACUGACCAACGAAAUGAGCCAUUUAUGGUCGAGAUAAACGGAAACAAUAUUCCAAUGCAAGUAGACACUGGGUCAGCCGUGUCUUUGAUGUCGGAGAAAGAAGCGAAGAGGCAUUUUGGUUACGUGCAAUACAGGCAAGUGCAAACAACGUUGCGAACCUACAAUGGUAGUACCGUACCUGUUAAAGGCUGUGUGGAUGUAAAAGUCAUGCACAAUGGAAAUGCCUAUGAAUUGCCAUUGCAGAUUGCUAAGAAUAGGGGCAACAGUCGCAUGCCAACGCUUCUUGGACGUGAUUGGUUGAGGCAUCUAAGGUUAAACUGGCCCCAGAUAGCGAAUAUUCACACCGUCAAUGAAAAGGGGAUGGUUGAAUCCUACAGGGAUCUGUUCACUAAAAACAUGGGUGUGAUAAAGAAUUUCAGCGCAUCUAUUGUAUUGAAGGAAGGAGCACGCCCAGUAUUCUGUAAAGCGCGUCCUGUGCCGUAUGCUCUGCGUGAUAAAGUCGAAAAAGAGCUGCGCGAACUUGAAAAACAGGGUGUCAUAAGUCCUGUGCAGCAAAGUCAGUGGGCUACACCGUUGGUUGUAGUGCCAAAGAACGGAGGCAAUGGUGUGAGAUUAUGCGGGGAUUAUCGUGUGACUGUUAAUCCAGCUAUCACUGUUGCACAUUACCCAUUACCGUUACCUGAGGAUGUUUUUGCAUCGUUGAGUGGUGGAACACAUUUUACGGUUCUCGAUUUAUCUAAGGCGUACUUACAGUUGGAAGUUGAUGAAUCCAGUCGUGAGCUGUUAACGGUAAACACUAGUCUGGGACUUAUUCGCAUGAACCGACUACCAUUCGGUAUUGCAAGCGCGCCGUCCAUUUUCCAGUCUGUAAUGGACCAAAUCACAACAGGCUUACAGGGUGUCGCCUGCUACUUGGACGACGUUUUGAUUGCAGGUCGAGAUCCUCAUGAGUGCGUAGAACAGACAGAAAAAGUCUUGGAAAGGCUCAGAAAUCACGGAAUCAAGGUUAACAGUGACAAGUGUCAGUUUUUUCGGUCCAAAGUCACAUACUUGGGUCAUGAAAUAGAUAAGGAUGGCCUUCGUCCCACUUCAGAUAAGCUGAAAGCCAUCCGGGAAGCUCCCACACCAAGUAAUGUGACAGAGUUGAAGGCUUUCUUAUACCCCUGUCAGACUUGUGCCCGUAACCGAAAAAAAAGGAACUAA